AUGAACCGGCUAUACACCACCGCGCUGGAUCUUCUCACAAACCCCAAACACUCAAGAUGGAUUUGCCCGCUACUGCUAGCGUUCGAUGCAUGCCUAUGUGCUGCUAUCAUUUUCAAAGUGCCAUACACUGAAAUCGACUGGUCUACCUACAUGCAACACAUACAAUUAUACCUUUCCGGUGAACGAGACUACACAGCUAUUAAAGGAUCUACGGGACCUCUCGUUUACCCUGCCGGCCAUGUAUACACUUAUACCGCUUUGUAUAACGUGACGGACGAGGGGCGUGACAUACCGCUUGCGCAGGCGCUGUUCGCUGUUCUAUAUCUUAUAUUCUUGGCGAUUGUUAUGGCAUGUUAUAGAACAGUGCGUGCUCCGCCGUAUGUAUACCCUCUUCUUGUGCUUUCAAAAAGACUACACAGUAUAUUUAUGCUGCGGAUGUUUAAUGACGGCCCUGCUGUGGGUUUCGUCUGGGCCGCGAUGUACAUGAUGCUUCAAAAACAGUGGUAUGCCGCUGUUCUGCUAUGGACGCUGAGCGUAAGUAUCAAGAUGACAGGACUGCUUGUUGCUCCUGCAAUUGCGAUUAUCCUUACAUUUGCCGUGGGAUUUGGACCAGCGCUAGGGAUGGGUGUGUUUUCCGUCUUGUUACAGGUCUUGCUUGGGUUGCCCUUCCUUCUAGAGAACCCGACGGGUUACAUCUCAAGGGCAUUUGAGUUUACUCGACAAUUCCUGUUCAAAUGGACCGUGAAUUGGCGGUUCGUCGGGGAAGAGUUAUUCUUGUCUAGGCCCUUCUCAGUCGCAUUACUAGCGGUGCAUAUAUCUUUGCUGGUGACUUUCCUGGGAUUUGUCUGGAUCCGCCCUGCAAACAAGAACCUUGGAUCUCUGGUACAGCAAGCAUUCCGUGGACGAAGCCUGCAAUGCAACAUAUCAAGCUCUUAUGUUGCUACAACCUUGAUGACAUCCAUGGUUAUCGGUCUGCUCUGUGCACGGAGUUUGCACUACCAAUUCUAUGCAUAUCUUGCGUGGGUAUCCCCCCUGGUACUGUGGAAAAGCGGCCUCCACCCAGUUCUUAUGUUUGUCCUAUGGGCCGCGCAGGAAUGGGCAUGGAAUGUCUAUCCUAGCACAAACGCAAGCUCGAUGACGGUAGUGGGCUGUCUUGCACUUCAAGUCAUGGCUGUUUUCUGGGGGAAACAAGUUGAAGACGAAAGACCGGCCAGACUCAAAAGCGAGGCCAAAGAUCCUGUCGACGGUCGAAAUUAA